AUGUCGAGCUCAGAGAUAAACCAGGUGCUCGCAAAUUCGCUUUCGCCUGAUGCGAACCUGCGAAAUGCUGCCGAGCAGCAACUCACCCAAGCUGCCGAGAGUAACUUUCCCCUAUACCUCGCAACCCUCGUACAAGAGCUAGCAAACGACUCCGCCGAUGGCUCUAUCCGAGCCGCCGCCGGUAUCGCCCUCAAGAACGCCUUCACAACCCGAGAUUUUGCUCGUCACCAAGAAUUGCAAGCAAAGUGGCUGCAGCAAACAGAUGAUGAGACCAAGAACCGAGUCAAGGAGCUCACCCUCCAGACCUUGAGCUCCUCCAACACCCAGGCCGGUACUGCUGCCGCCCAGGUCAUUUCUUCUAUCGCAGCCAUCGAGUUGCCCCGUGACCAGUGGAACGAUCUGCUACCGUUCCUCGUCAAGAAUGUCAGCGAAGGUGCCGACCACCAGAAGCAGUCUUCUUUGACCACUAUCGGCUACAUCUGCGAAAGCCAAGACUCAGAACUGCGCAUGGCCUUGGUAACACACUCGAACGCUAUCUUGACCGCUGUCGUGCAGGGAGCCCGAAAGGAGGAAACUAACAUUGAGGUCCGACUGGCUGCUAUUACCGCUCUUGGUGACUCACUCGAAUUCGUCGGCAACAACUUCAAGCAUGAGGGCGAGCGUAAUUACAUCAUGCAGGUCGUCUGCGAGGCCACACAGGCCGACGACUCAAGGAUACAGCAGGGCGCCUUUGGCUGCCUGAACCGAAUUAUGGCCCUCUACUACGAGAAUAUGCGAUUCUACAUGGAGAAGGCCUUGUUCGGCCUCACAAUUCUUGGCAUGAAGUCUGAUGACGAGGAUGUCGCCAAGUUGGCCGUCGAGUUCUGGAGCACUGUUUGCGAAGAGGAGAUCUCUAUCGAGGACGACAACGCCCAGGUCGAGAGUUCGGAUCAAAUGCGUCCCUUCUACAACUUUGCCCGUGUCGCUGCCAAUGAGGUCGUACCAGUCCUUCUGCUUCUCCUCACCAAGCAGGACGAGGACGCCACCGACGACGAGUACAACCUGUCUCGCGCCGCCUACCAGUGCCUGCAGCUGUACGCCCAGGCCGUUGGUGCUACCAUCAUCAGCCCUGUGCUGUCAUUUGUCGAGAGUAACCUGCGCCACGAGGACUGGCACAACCGAGAUGCCGCUGUUUCCGCCUUUGGCGCUAUCAUGGAAGGCCCCGACGAGAAGGUCUUGGAUCCUAUUGUGAAGCAGGCGCUGCCUAUCCUGAUCACCAUGAUGGAGGACCAGUCUCUGCACGUCAAGGAUUCGACCGCCUACGCUCUUGGCAGAGUCACAGAGGCCUGCUCUGAGGCCAUUGACCCCCAGGCUCAAUUGCCCACUCUGAUUGAGUCCCUCUUCAAGGGUCUCCUCAGCAGUGCCAAGAUGGCACCAUCAUGCUGCUGGGCCCUGAUGAACUUGGCCGAGCGUUUCGCCGGCGAUUUCGGCGCUGCUUCCAACGCUAUCACCCCUCACUUCAACAAUGCUGUCAGCUCUUUGCUUGACGUGACUGCCCGCCAAGAUGCCGAGACAUCAGUGCGAACUGCUUCUUACGAGGUUCUCAACGUUUUUGUCCAGAAUGCCGCUUCCGAGAGUUUGCAACCCAUUGCUUCCCUCUCUGACGUUAUCAUUAAGCGACUUGAAGAGACCGUACCCCUGCAGAGCCAGGUUGUUAGCGUUGAGGACAAGAUGACCCUCGAGGAGAUGCAAAACAGUUUGUGCAGUGUUCUCCAGGCUAUCAUCUCUCGACUUGACAAGGAGAUCAUUCCCCAAGGCGACCGCAUCAUGCAGAUCCUGCUCUCCAUCCUCAACAGUGUUGGCGGAAAGUCCAGUGUUCCUGAUGCCGUCUUCGCUACUAUUAGCGCCCUUUCAACUGCUAUGGAAGAGGACUUUGUCAAGUACAUGGACGCCUUUGCCCCCUUCUUGUACAAUGCUCUCGGAAACCAGGAAGAGCCCAGUCUCUGCUCCAUGGCUAUUGGCCUGGUCAGCGAUAUCACUCGAUCCCUCGGUGAGCGCAGCCAGCCUUACUGCGACAACUUCAUGAACUACCUCCUCAACAACCUGAGGAGCACCGCCCUUGCCAACCAAUUCAAACCCGCCAUCCUCCAAUGCUUUGGUGACAUUGCUGGCGCUAUUGGUGGUCACUUUGAGACCUACCUGUCCGUGGUUGCCCAGGUUCUGGAACAGGCCUCCACUGUCACUGCUUCUCCCGAGGGCCCCUAUGAGAUGUUUGACUACGUGGUCUCUCUCCGCGAGGGUAUUAUGGAUGCCUGGGGUGGUAUUAUUGGCGCCAUGAAGGUCAGCCAGAAGACCCAAGCCCUCCAGCAAUAUGUGCCUGCCAUCUUCAACGUCCUCAACCUCAUUGCCAAUGACAUGAACCGAAGUGAAUCGUUGAUGCGAGCUUCCAUGGGCGUUAUUGGCGACCUUGCGGAUGCUUACCCCAACGGUGAACUGGUUGAUGCUUUCCGUCAAGAUUGGGUCACUGCUAUGAUCAAGGAGACCAAGACCAACCGAGAGUUCCAGCCCCGUACCAUCGAGACAGCUCGCUGGGCCCGCGAACAGGUCAAGCGCCAGCUUGGUGGUUCCCAGGCUGUCAUGGCCAACUAG